ACUACUAAAGAAAACAAUGAAACAAACGUCUUAAGCUUGUCUUCGAUGGACACAAAUCCUGCACCCUCAUUGACAUCAUUACAGGCAGUUGAUCCGUUUGUUCUUCUCAACAAUGAAAAUGAAUAUAUAAUGGAAGUCGAAUCAGAAAGUAAUAAAGAAUUCGCUACUGAUGAAAAUAUUGUUUGGAAUGAUGGUAUUACCAACCAGGAUUUUCAGUCAUAUGAUAUCUCCUUUUCAUCGCAAGGCCUAGUUGCUGAAGAAGAGGAUAGUCUUCAAGAAUUGGCUGUCUCUGGUAAUGCAGAUAUCCCAUCACCAGGAACUUCUGUUUUGUCAUCUAACGUAGAUGACACUGAUAUUGAUAGCACAUACUGUCCUCGUUUCAACUCAGAGUCAGAACUAUCUACUGAUGAGUCUAUAGUGAGUAUUCCUAGAGUUGCUUCAAAGGUUUCAAGUGACAGUACUUCUUAUGUGUGGAGGAGCCAAAAGAUAGCUCAAGACAAAAUUCUACUGGUUCCUUACACUGAUUCGGACACGGAGGAAGAAGCAAACAAAACCAAUCCUAAUGUAAAAAAAGGAAAGAAGAGGGUGAGGAAUGAAAACAAAUGGAAAAAAUGUGUGAGGAAACAGCUAAGAGUUAGUGGAAAAAAACUAUCUUAG